AUGGGCAUUAUACACCUUCGCUGGGACCCUUUUGGCGCUUGGCAAGCUAUUCAGCCAUCGGCUGCUCAAAGGUGGCAGAAUCUCACCACCCUCAAGUUAUCUCUACACAAUCCGUCAACCGCUCAUAUGUCCCCAGAAGCGCGCAAGAUAAUCCCUAGCCAGCACCUGAUGUUCUUGAAAAUGCUACAAGCCUAUCUACGCAGCUUCUCACCAACUCUGCACUGCUUGAAGUUCAUGUGGCAUGGGACCGCCGGCCCAAGCCCGAUACUGCUGCAUCGAGAACAUGGCAUGGAAAGCCAGCAAGCGAUUCGAUGGGCGCGACUAGAAGAGCUGUGGUACAGUAACAUAACGCACCAGCGUGGUACACUCAUGGCUUUGCCACAACUUGCCCCUGGCGUCACGAAGAUCAAAGCAUUCCAGGCGGCUGACACCCAGGCUGACGCGAGCGCAUCGGACGCCUGGCAAGACAUCACCGUACCGAACGCUUACACGUCUUACGGUCCUGGAGGCCCGAAUGAUCUGCCGGUGCCCAAGAAAGUCUUUGACCGCAUACAUGCCGCGAAUGAUGCACACGCACAGAACAGAAUCACGCCUAUACCAUCUCGAUAUGAUCGACCUCUCUCACAUUUGUUGAACAAGCUAGCAGAGCGACCGGUCCCACGCAAGCGUUUGCGAAAGAUUCAACGCCUAACUCCCCCGCCUACACGACCGCUACCGCCAAUUCCGAGUCAAGAUGCUGUCGUGGCAGCACAGACAGGUUUAGACCAGAGGGAACCGCAACAAUCCGUAUCGACUAUAUCCGUCCCCUCGCUCACGACAACUACACCCAAAGCUGCUGCUCCUCCAAACCUUGAAACUCCGGCAUCAACAUCAACCCUCCAUCCCUCCAUACCAGCGACCCUCGCUGCUGCGUCAGACUCUACUACCGCACCUCCCGAUCCUCCAGCCACAGCAGCAGCCCGCAUCGCCAACUGGCGCCAAGCCAUGGCCCUCUCCACCAUCUCCUUCGCCAAUGAACAAGCCAGCGACAAUCGAGACACAAUCUUCAGCGAGACGAAUACCGAUGCCGACGACCUAUACGAAGGGAACGGACGACCACGACCUGACAGUGAAGCGUGGCCUAUCACUCGGUUUCGACCACCGCCGACUAGAGCUGCGCCUCAAGCGCCAGCUGAAGUUAGCAUUCACAACGGCCGGGAAAGGUUAUGGUUUGCGCGUGACAGUAUGGAAUCGUCAGAUGCUGUCAUGCCAGUGGAAUCUCGAUGGAGUGAGAGUGAGAGUGGAAUUGAGUAUAGCGAUGGGGACAACGGGGGAGAUGGCGAAGACGAGAAUGCGGAUAGGAUGUCGGUUGUGAGCGCAAGAGUUGAGCCCCUGAGGUUGGGUGGUUCUCGGGGGAUGAAUACAGAACCGCCUGCCACAGAUGAGACUAGCACGUUACAACAGCCUCGACGACCGGUCAACAACACAAGCAGCAUCUACAGCGAGGUAGGAGCGUACGGGGCGGGUGCAUACCGUCCACCAGCACGAUAA